GGGGUAUUGAAAGAAAAUGAAUGGAUCAUAAUAGCAUACUGGAAUGAAUCCCUUACACGGCUGCCUCCAUACCCAUGGACUCGCAUCAUCAUCGCCAUCAUCAUUUUAUCCUACGCAGACGCCAUGAAUGACCAGGAUAUCCUGGGUCUCUCCAAUUGUGAACCCAACCGUGUGGUUUCCAUCCCUGCGUCUCAAUCCUUGCACGCGUCAACCGCGUCUCCAAGCAGUCCCAGUGCCAUCUCAACGGGAUUAUCCCGUUUAGACGAGGCGCUCUGUCCGACCUCCCGGGAUGCUCUGUCUGGUCUCGGUCUUGGUCUUGGUCUGAAAAAUGGCCCGCAGCGACGAGGCAUUCCGUGUGGACAUGUUACUGAGAUUUUCGGACCGCCUGGUGUGGGAAAGACAUCAUUAGCUUUAGAAAUUGCAGUCAAUGCACUCUGUGAUGGAGGGAAAGCAGUCUGGAUAGACACUGGCUCCCCACUACCAAAACCCCGUCUCGAGAAAAUGCUUCGUAAGAAAUUAGCGGAGUCAACAAGAAACACAUCAUCUCAGUCUACCGCUCCUACUACUGUAGACGAGAUGAUACAGAAACUAACCUACUUUCGCUCCCAAUCCCUCCCACAUCUCCUAGCACUCAUCCUCCACCCACCCCAAUCCUUCCCAGGCGAAGGAACAACCCUCCUCAUAAUCGACUCGAUAUCGGGCCCAUUCCCGUCAUACUUCCCCAAUCCCUUGGAGCUGCGAUCCCGCCUCUUCUCCUCCCAGGAUGGGGGCAAAAAUCUCGAUAAAUCCCAGAUCCAGUGGCUCAUGAACCGUAAAUGGAAUGUCACGGGUGAUCUAGCGAAUCAGUUGACGAAGCUAGCUGUUACAUUUCGUCUGGCGGUCGUGGUGGUUAAUCAAACGCAAACGAGGAUAAAGGGGUUGCCGCGGGCGAUUCUUUCGCCGGCUCUCGCUGGGAGUGUUUGGGAGAGUGAUGUUUAUGCACGAGUAGGACUGUAUCGGGAUUUGACCCUCCCUGUAUCUCUGUCGGUUGCAGCAAAUGCCAAUGAGGAUAAUGAUAAAUGCGUGGUCGAUCUUGAUCUCUCUACGAAUAAGAUUCGAUUCGCAGAGGUGAUGAAGAGGGGUGGAAAGCCUCUUACCUCGCGAUUAGAGGAGAAUAUCGUCCCUUUCAUUAUUAAGAUGGACGGUCUACAGGAAGUGAGAAAUAAGACUCAGACUCAGUCGAACCCUGUCGUUGCAUCUGCGUCUCCGCCUCUAUCUUCUGGGCUUUCGCAGAAUCCUCCUGCGUCACGCCGGUCUACCCAUCGGAAACGAAAGCUUGAUGAAAUUGCAGAUAGUCAGGAUGAAGACGAAGAUGAAGAUGAAGGGGGAUUCGAGGAAGUGGGUGAUUCAGACGAGGAAUAUGGGUGGAUAGACGAGGAUACCUGUGAUGUUCCUGAUGUGUGAACAUUGUCCUUACAAGGCCAAGCUUCCUAAGUGUAUAUAGAUGAAGGAAUACAGAGCAGAGUUGAUUUCAAAAUCUU